CACCGUAUUUGCCUUGUUUACUGCCAUGGACCCGACUCAGGACCCCAAUUUCCGGCCGCCCUCCACCAAUCCACCGGUCGAGCCAACUGUUUCGUCCAAACUGAUCCCAAACAGACAGCCCAUCCAGCCCUAUGUUCUAGCAGACUAUCUAGAGCCAAUUGAUCAGCCUAUCCAACACAAAUCCCAAACAAACGGGUCAGUCUCAAACCCAAGGGCGAAUUUCACUGUCGAUACUCCACGGUCGGCGUCUCCCAACUCCAUCAAGCACAAGAUCCCAAAAUCUAGAACCGAGCUGCAUCCGUUCAGCUCAAGCGAGGAGGAAGAUGACACCCAGGGCCUUGACGAAGGAGCCCACCCGCCGCUCGAGUUCAGAGACUACUCAACCGUUGAUAUCCCAAGAGUCCAUUCGUUCCAGAUCGCCGAUUUGGAGGAGGUUCCGCACGGAAUCCAAAGACAAUCCAAGAACUUGAACGAUUACAAGUUCCCGACCCAUCGCUUAAAAACACGGCUGUCCGACCCCAACAAGUUUCCCUUGGUGAUUGUGGCCUGCGGCUCGUUUUCCCCAAUCACAUAUUUGCAUCUGCGGAUGUUCGAGAUGGCCAUCGAUGCCAUCAGAGAGUACACUCGCUUUGAGGUCAUUGGUGGUUAUUACUCGCCGGUCUCGGACAACUACAAGAAACCAGGCCUUGCACCGUCCCACCACCGUGUUCGAAUGUGCGAGCUCGGCUGCGAGAGAACCUCCUCGUGGCUCAUGGUGGACGCUUGGGAGUCGCUGCAACCAAAGUACACCCGCACGGCUUUGGUUCUGGAUCAUUUCAACGAGGAAAUCAACAUCAAGCGCGGCGGCGUGUUCAAGUACAACAGCAACACAGAGAAAAUGGGCGUCAAGAUCAUGCUGCUUGCCGGAGGCGAUCUCAUAGAGUCCAUGGGCGAGCCUAACGUGUGGGCGGAUCAGGAUCUGCACCAUAUCCUCGGCAACUAUGGCUGUCUGAUCGUGGAAAGAACCGGCUCGGACGUCAGAUCGUUCUUGCUCAGUCAUGAUAUCAUGUACGAGCAUCGCAAGAACAUUUUGGUUAUCAAACAGCUCAUCUACAACGACAUCAGCUCCACCAAGGUGCGACUGUUUCUCCGAAGAAACAUGAGCGUGCAAUACUUGCUUCCGAACUCGGUGAUCCGCUACAUCCAGGAACACAAGUUGUAUGUGAACGACAGCGAGCCUGUGAAGCAGGUUUUAGAUCCUCAGGACUAG